AAAUAAACAAAUAAAAAUCAGAAACGAUAUAUCCAUCCACACCUCUCUCUCCAUCUCUCUCUCUGUCUCGCCAGAUUUGAAUCAUCGACCUGAUCUCAGAUCCAAAUCACAAGCCUUCGACAUGUCUACCUUCAGCGGCGAUGAAACAGCUCCUUUCUUCGGCUUCCUCGGCGCUGCAGCCGCACUCGUCUUCUCCUGUAUGGGAGCUGCUUAUGGAACAGCAAAGAGUGGAGUUGGUGUGGCUUCUAUGGGAGUCAUGAGGCCUGAGUUGGUCAUGAAGUCCAUUGUCCCCGUUGUCAUGGCUGGUGUGUUGGGUAUUUACGGUUUGAUUAUUGCUGUUAUCAUCAGUACCGGGAUUAACCCCAAGGCUAAGUCCUACUACCUCUUCGACGGAUACGCACAUCUCUCCUCCGGUCUUGCUUGUGGUCUCGCUGGUCUUUCUGCUGGUAUGGCCAUUGGUAUUGUCGGAGACGCCGGUGUCAGGGCAAAUGCUCAGCAGCCUAAGCUCUUUGUCGGGAUGAUUCUUAUCCUUAUCUUCGCAGAAGCGCUUGCUCUUUACGGCCUUAUUGUGGGAAUCAUCCUCUCCUCACGAGCUGGCCAGUCUAGAGCUGAAUGAGAAUGUAACCCCACCACAAGAUUUUCCCCCGAAGGUACUUUAUUUUUCUGUGUGUGUUUUGUUGUUCUAUCGUUCUUUAGCAUAUGUGUAUCAUCGGGAACUGAAAAAAAAAGAAAUUUAUUGGACACUUGGAACUUUGUUUCGGAAGCUCUCCUAUUUCUCUCUCUCGGAGGUUGCUCUCCGAUGUAGGGAUUUUUUUUAUUAUUUUGUUCUGUAAUAAAGAGAGCUCUGAUGGAGCUUGGUAUGUUUUUUGUAUUCUUGUAUUGUCCUGAGGAAGUUAAAUACAUUUAUUUGUAAAGAAGUUUGCUUUCUGAAA